AUAUCUUAAUGACAACAGAGGAGUCCAAAUUCGAAUCACUACUUUCUGAGGCCCGAAUCCUUUUCGAGAAGGGGCAGUUCCGAAGUGCGCUCGAACUUUGCAACCAAGCCUAUGAAAUCAAGCCUUGUCCUAAAUUAUUACGGAAGAUCGAGCGUAUAAAACCUUAUGUCGACUCAGCAAACAAGGAAGAUGACAGUGAUGUUGAAAAUUCUCCGCCCACUCCCGUCAGGGAGGUUGCCAGGCAUCUCAUUGAUCAAGCUCGGGAGGCCUUCAGAUCAGGGAACUUGCCGGACGCUUUGCGAUUCCUAAAGGAAUCGUAUGAAUGCGUGCCCUGUGAUAAAACUGCUGGAAAAAUCAGAAAGGUUGAGGAAGCCAUCCGGAUGACUGAAUUGGAGCAGGCAGCAGCAGGUGAUACACGACCGAGUAGCUCAAAGAAGGAGCAUAAUGAGGCUGAUGCUGAAUCCAUGCUUACGAAAGCCCGAGUUCUGUACGAAGAAGGUCAACUGGAGGAAUGCAUCCGACUACUACGUGAAGUGCAGCUGAUUGCACCGUCAGACAAAAUCCAACGCAAGAUCGAUAGGAUAGGUGCCCAGCUGUCUGAGACAAACGGAUACAACCAAAUGGGUUCACGAGCUGAUGAUGUCGUCAACGUUGCUGAGGGUCUUCGUCUACCCCGUGCUAUGUACGAGAAACUGUACGAAUAUCAAAAAGAUGGUGUGAAAUGGCUGUGGGAUCUUCACACACGUGCACCAGGUGGUGUAUUGGCAGACGAUAUGGGACUGGGAAAAACUGUACAGGUCAUUGCCUUUCUGUCAGGGCUGUUCAUCUCAAGUUCAAAACGACUGACUGCUCUGAUUUUGAUGCCUGUUAGUGUCCUCGUCACUUGGGAAGCUGAACUGAAACGGUGGGCUCCUGCACUACGUGUUGUCGUUUUCCAUGAUGGGAACAGAAAUCAGCGAUUACGUUCACUAUCCAUGAUUCAACGCAGUGGAGGGAUUGUUCUUACUACAUACGGGAUGGUUGCAGCUGGUGCGGAAGAUCUGAUCGUUGAUUUUCAUGCUAAUCCGCAGUUUAUGAGUGCAAAGCCGUCAAAUUUGGAGGGUCGCAUGGCUCCUGAAUUUGUCUGGGAUUAUCUAAUCUUGGACGAGGCUCAUAAAAUAAAAAACCCGUCAGCUAAAACUACAAAAGCAGUUCUUAGUAUUGCAGCUGAGCAUCGAGUACUGCUUACAGGCACAGCUGUGCAGAACAAUUUGCUAGAAUUGUGGUCUCUGUACAACUGCACCCAUUCCGGUAGACUUUUGGGACGUAUGCAGACAUUCAAGAAUGAAUACGAGAAACCAAUCAGGAGAGCACGUGAGAAGGAUGCAUCUCGGGCUGAACGUGCACACGGACAAUUAAUGGCACAGAGUUUGCGUCGAAUCAUUGAUCCGUAUUUCCUUCGGCGUACGAAAGAUGAAAUUCUCCCCUCUGGUGUAGACAAAAAAUCGUCUGUCUCAACGAUGAAUCCUGAUAUUGGACUUGUUGCUCCCGUAGAACCAAUGCCAAAGAAGACUGAUUUGGUUCUAUGGAUUUAUUUACGAGAAGUUCAGGAACGGAGCUAUCGUGACUUUUUGGAACUCGAUCAAGUGAAGGAAUUGUUAAUUGGAACCACUCGUCGCUCACCCCUGAUGGAGUUACUAAUUCUGAAGAAACUCUGUGAUCACCCUCGUCUCUUAUCUCCGCAUCAAUGUGCCAGUUUGAACUUGGAAGUAACCAGUGUGCCAGAUGAGCGAUAUUCAAAGCAGAGUUUGCCUCCGGCCUCACAACUCGUCCACGAAUCGGGUAAACUCAUGUUUCUUAGCUUGCUGAUGAGUUCGUUCCUAAGUGAAAAACAGCUUGGCAGUGGGACCGUCCCAAAAACAUUGAUAUUUUCUCAGAGUAUCCGGUUCUUGGAUAUGGCGGAAAAAGUUAUCUUGUCUAUAAAUAAUCGUCCCGAAAACGCUUCUCAGUCCCGAGGACACAGAGUGCUUCGUUUGGAUGGCCGCUUAACGAAAGUUGAAGAACGAUUAGAUGUCAUACGUUUGUUCGAAAGGGACCCUUCUUACACUGUAAUGCUUCUUACUACACAGGUUGGUGGAGUUGGCCUCACAUUGACUGCAGCCAGUCGUGUCAUAAUUUUGGAUCCUAGUUGGAACCCUGCUACGGAUGCUCAGGCAGUUGACCGGGCAUACCGAAUCGGUCAAAAGUCCGACGUGAUUGUUUAUCGUUUACUUACAUGUGGAACUGUGGAAGAGAAGAUCUAUCGCCGUCAAAUCUUCAAAAAUUCAGUGAUACACUACCACUACUGGUCAAAACAGGCAGAUCAGUGUGGAACUGUGGAAGAGAAGAUCUAUCGCCGUCAAAUCUUCAAAAAUUCAGUGAUACGUCAGACUACCACUACUGGUCAAAACAAGGCAGAUCAGGAUCCCUACCGGUAUUUCACUAACCAAGAUUUGCGGGAACUGUUCAGUCUUGGAGACCCUAGAAUUUCAACGACCCAACAGCAACUGGCUGCUCUGCAUAAGGAGGCGGAGAAGUGGUCCGAUGAAACAAUCCGGCCACAUUUGUUAUAUUUGACCGGCCAAGAUCAUAAGGAUACUGUAUUUGGUCUGUCUUUCCACGAUCUACUUUUUAGUCGUAAAGAAGCUGUUCAGUACGAGGAAACGACACCAGGUGAACAUGAAUUUCUCCACAACCGUCUCAAGGCAGCUGAGCAUGCAAUCGCCAGGGAAUGUGUUGAUGUCAAAGAUCCGUCAGAGCAAGUUGUUUCUACAAAAGUACACACAAAGAGCCGACCUGAUUAUGUUGCUCCUAUUCAGCUACCAGCUGAUGGUGUGUUCUUAAUUCCCUCCAAAGUAGAUUCGAGACGACCAAUGCUCAACCGUCCACAACUUGGAUAUCCUUCUUCAGACAUUGUGAAGCAGCCACCUGUUCCUAAUUCAUUGAACUUAAAUGAUGCUGGAACUCCUCAAGAGGCGUCUGUUAUAGUCAUCGAGGACGAACUGACUGAAAGUUUGAUGGAAAUGAGCAUUUCCAGUCCGCCCAAGAAUCCCACAGAAGACGUAAACAGCGCCCCUUUGGUCACUCGCAAAUCGAACUCCGCAGGCAGUUCUGUAAAUGUGACAAAAACUUCCAGCGGUGUACCACACCUAGUGACUGACUCGGAAGGGGCAACUAAUAGACAAACGACCCCGCUAAACUCAUUGGAUCAGGCUAAUCGGUCAGUGGAAGAGUGGGCAACUUCAUCCACAGGAUCCAAUCCAAAUAUCCGGUACACAAACAGCCACUCCUCUUCUGUUAACUCUCGUGGAACCGGCUUGAUUUCAUCCCACGGAUCUCAUCAGUCAGUAAAAGUGAACCCACCCCCUACUAUCACCUACAACUCUUUAGCAAAUUCGUCAUCUCCCCUACCACUACAAAAAGCAUUCAGCAAUUCAGCACUGAUAAAUGCAUUUCAAUCAACGCCGAUCGUUUCAGAAAAACAACAACCAACCACUAUUCCACUAACUCCUCUUGCGAGGCCCACUAAAUUCGGGCGGUUACAUUCACCCACUAUCGUCACGAUGCCACCCACAAGCGCAGUGUGUAAAACUGCUCAAUCCCCUGAGGCACCACCUGACCUGGGAGGAGUGGAUGUUGUUCAAAUGGAUAUCACACUUGAUGUGGAUGAAGAUGAGUUGAUGCGCACAGUUGAUAUGAGAUCAGUACAUAAGAUACUCGCAAAAUCAGGGCUAGCAGCUGGAAGCACAGAUGACGAUGUGCGUGACGUGCAGUGCCCGGAGCCAUUGAUUAUCGAGGAUUCCCGAGUGUAUACAAGCCCAGGGACAAGCAAUCCCGGUGAUGCAAGCCACGUGAAUGAAACUGCAGAUGACCUUGAGAUUAUUGAGGACAGCGUUGAUGAAUGAUUCAAUCAGCUCGUAUAGAUUCAAACGGAUGUCUUGGACAGUUGUUUCGGAUGUUUGGAGUGUGGCUUCCUUAACUGAUAACCUAAGAUUAUUUUUAUAUCUUAUCUAUGUUCGUGUUAUUCUUUUAGAGUUAUUAAUAAUUGUGAAAACACGACUUUUCUAAUUAAAGUCAUGCCUUGGCAUACACUUGC